AUGGAGGAGGAGGCAGUUUUUGCCUCCUCCUCCGUCCAUAAUACAGUGGACGCAGCCUUGCCUCCUCCUUUGAUGAAGGAAGAGGUGGCUGCCUCCUGGCUUAUAGUUGGGAAUGCUCCUUCGGGAAGAUUUACUGGUGCCAAAGCUACAAUGACUAUAUGGAAUCCAAUACUACGAGGAGAUCACCAAUAUAGUUCAUCUUCUUUGUAUGUGGAGGAUGAAGAUAAUCAAAUAGUAGUUGGAUGGACAAGUGACAACUAUGCAAAAACUGGAUGCUAUAUUAAUCAUUGUCCGGGAUUUGUGAUAACCUCUAAUGUUAUACCAGUUGAUUAUCCUUUUCCCAACAUGUCUGUAUUUGAAGGACAACAAUUCGACGUGACCCUUGAAGUUGUAAAGUUGGGCGAUGAACUAAUCGGUAAUCACGGCGGGCAAAUGAGGCAGUGA